AUGCAGAUGGAAGAAUAUCGGUCAUCGUUUAAGUCUUUGCGGCCUGGUGACGGUUUCGACUUCAACCUCUCUAGGGCUAAGACAGCACCACGUGAAGAUCGAGUAACUGUAGAUCGGUCUCGACAGAAAACAAGGCCGAGCACAUCGAUACGAAGUCGCUCUCCAGCUGCUCGUUCUCCGUCCAGCAGGCCAGUCCGAUCGGUCGGACGCAGUAGUUACAUGCGAAGGAAACGCUUUCUAGCUCCAAACAUAUCUAACCCUUUGCUGAACCCUCAACGGCUUCAUCUGCCACACCAUUUACGUACCCCUCAGCGAGUAACAGAUGGCAGUGCGCCCCUCCCCUUCGCGAGAGUGGCCGACCUGCGGUGCCUUCGGAGCACGUGCCGAAGAGCUGGUCGACUCCGCGAGGAGGGACGCUGCAUCUACUCAAUUGGUGUAUUGUACGACAACGCGGGUCGGUGGCGAGAGGCGAUUGCCUAUUAUGCACAAUUUCUUGGGGUAUGCGAGCGUUGUCGAGACGUGCAAGGGGAAGCCUUGGCUUACCAUUGUCUAGGAAUCGAUCAUCAUUUAGUGAGCAACGCAGAGUUUGACAGAAAUCUCAAGGAAUCCUCCAAGGAGUGGUUAGCGAAAGCCUUGAAAUUUUACCAGAAGCAUUUGGAACUUACGGGCAGCACUGAAGGCCGCUUCGUGGCCUGUCUUAACAUGUAUGUGGCUUAUUCCACGAUAGGUGAUGAAGAAAAGCGAUUGGCCUAUCAGGAGCGCGCCAAGGAGUACGCUAUGCAAUUACGGCGUCUCAACGGCUCGGCUGAUCACGCCGUCACCAGUCUUGUCAACCUGGGUCUUUCGGAAUGGGCUAAUAGCCCGGAUGAGACGACGGGAGAACGUACGAGCGAGGCCAAGGAAAUGCGAGUCCGUGCGGCGACAAGCGACUCGGAGAAGCCCUAA